AUGUCUCGCCGAGGCCCAAACUUCUCGACCCGCACAGCUCAAGAAGAUGUCGCGCGCCUUGACCCAAGCGAAUCGGAGGCCGCUGCCCCCUCGGAGCGUGGCCGUUUGUUAUCAUGGCCACCGACGCUUUGGUCUCGGUCCCCAGGGACAUCCACGGCGGAGCUGUCAAACGGCGCUGACAGGUCGAUACCCUGGAAUCCUUUGCAAAACAUGUUCGAGUGGUGGAGCAAGAAACCGACAGUUGAACGGGAGCAGCAGAAUGAUGGCGAUGCCGGAAAUGUCACGUUCAGUGGGCCCCUUCGAGAUAAUAGUGCAGAUAGAAAGGAUAAACCCGCACAUCGGCAUCGGUCGCCCGAGGAAUCAAAGAAGCUUGGAACUUUCUCAGGAGUCUUCGUCCCAACCAGUUUGAAUGUGCUUAGUAUCCUCAUGUUCCUCCGAUUUGGCUUCAUCUUAGGUCAAGCUGGGUUACUGGGCAUGCUUGGACUUCUGGUCAUAUCAUAUCUGAUCAAUUUGGUCACAACCAUGUCUCUCUCAGCGAUUGCAACAAAUGGUACCGUGCGUGGCGGCGGCGCAUACUACCUGAUAUCAAGAUCUCUAGGUCCCGAGUUCGGAGGCUCGAUUGGAGUGGUCUUCUACCUGGGACUUGUUUUCAACACCGGUAUGAAUGCAGUUGGUCUCAUUGACUGUUUCACGCAAAACUUUGGGACCCAGUCUGGCACACUCGGACAUUUCCUGAAAGAGGGAUUUUGGUGGCAAUACCUCUGGGGAACCGUGGUCCUCGUUCUAUGUACUGGUAUUUGCCUGGCAGGCAGCUCUAUCUUUGCCAGGGCUAGUAACGGACUUUUGGUCUUGCUGCUGAUUGCUACCUUCAGCAUUCCGCUCUCUGCGGUGUUUCUGAAACCUUUCACUUCCCCUUUGGAUCAUAUCGAAUUCACGGGCCUCAGCUGGCGCACCCUUCAGGAGAAUCUAAUGCCAAGAUUUACUAAGGGCGCCGCUGGAAGUCAACUGAAAGGGCGAGAGAAUUUUCAAGACUUGUUUGGGAUUCUUUAUCCUGCGACAGGGGGUAUCUUUGCGGGAGCGAGUAUGUCAGGAGACUUGAGAAAUCCCAGCAAAUCAAUUCCCAAAGGCACACUCGCGGGAUUGGCGUUGACUUUCAUAUCUUACGUGCUCGUCAUUGUAACCAUGGCUGCGUCUAUUCGUCGACAGUCGCUUUACAAUAACACCAACGUGAUCCAAAUCGUCAACUACUCUGAUACUGUGAUUCUGAUCGGAGAAUUUGCGACAAGUUUCUUCUCUGCGUUGAUGGGCGUCAUCGGUUCUGCCAAACUUCUUCAAGCCAUCGCUCGCGAUAGCUUGUUACCGGGUAUCAAUGUCUUCGGGCGCGGAUCCAAGAAGACCGACGAGCCAAUUAACGCGAUUAUUAUCACCUUCGUCUUCGCCCAGCUCACAAUGUUGUUCGACAUUAAUCAGAUCGCAUCCUUUGUCACCAUGACCUAUCUGAUGACCUUCCUCGUCACAAAUUUGGCAUGUUUCCUGCUUAAAAUCGGCUCUGCUCCCAACUUCCGGCCAUCCUUUCACUACUUUAACUGGCAUACUGCGGCACUUGGUACGCUCGUCAGUGGAAUUAGCAUGUUCUUUGUCGAUGGGUUGUACGCCACUGGAUGCGUUGGCAUCCUCCUCAUGCUCUUCCUCCUGAUCCAUUACUCGUCACCCCCCAAGGCAUGGGGCGAUGUCAGUCAAAGCCUCAUCUAUCAUCAAGUCCGCAAAUACUUGCUUCGGCUCAAGCAAGAGCAUGUCAAGUUCUGGCGACCACAGAUUCUUCUUUUUGUCAGUGACCUUGAUCGACAAUACAAAAUGGUGUCGUUUUGCAACUCGCUCAAGAAGGGGGCUUUGUUUGUUCUGGGCCAUGUCCUUGUGACAGACGACUUCUCGUCAGCCGUCCCAGAAGCCCGACGGCAGCAGAGCGUUUGGACAAAGCUGGUUGAGUUCUCCAAAAUCAAAGCCUUUGUGAAUGUGGCUAUCUCUCCAGCAGCAGAAUGGGGCAUACGGAAUGUUGUUCUGAACUCCGGAUUGGGAGGAAUGAGACCGAAUAUUGUCGUGAUUGAUCAAUUUCGCGAGGACCAGUCACUGGUGGAAACAUUAUCAAGUGGAACCACUCGCCGGGAGUCCUUAAAGUCGCGACGUCGAUCGUCACUUGGAAACUCACAUGAUGAGACAUAUUGUGAGUCUGACUCACAAAGUAAGGGCAUGAGCAGCCAAAGCUACGUGACUAUACUCGAGGAUCUCUUAUUCAAUCUUCGCAUCAACGUCGCUGUCGCCAAAGGAUUCGAAGACUUGGAACUGCCAGGUUCCCACGACGGUUUCUCCAAGAAAUUUAUCGAUCUCUGGCCUAUACAGAUGUCUGCCGAGAUUGCUGGGCUGCAUUCUGAACACCGUCCCUUCAUGGAAAAGAGCCUACAGGCUGCGGGUGCGGGUGCUGUGUUUGUAGAGUAUGAGACCGACGUGGAUGAUGAGCGGGGCCGAGUGGAAGCUCUGCUCGAGAAACUGCGCGCGAUUGAAGCAGAAGUGCUAGUCUUUUGGUUAGCUUGUGGUGACAUCCACACGUAUCGCGUCAUUGUGAAUGGCGACACGUCACCUGAAAUGGCCCUUGCACGGGACAGUGUUCACUCGGUUCUGAAGGAUGAAGAGUGGUGGCAAGGCCUUCUAGGAGCACGCAACGCGCCUCGGCACUUGCCAGAGCGAAGUGAGGACGGCGAGGAAGUACCGCGGCUGGAUCGAACAUUGACGUGGCAGGGUCCCGCAAGCGUGGAAAGCGAAAACAAGUAUCUGAAGCAACGCGUGAAGGGCUUGAGAGAGCUCAUUCAACGCCGCAGGCAUAGCGAAAGCAGCGACGACAGUGACCUGGAGCCCUACGUUAGCGACUCGGAGGUUGAUGAAGCAGAUGAUGAACGAGAAGAUGGCGAUAGCAGUGAAGGGGGAGAUGCAUCGUCACCUGAACGCUCACGCACCACUCCAAGGGAACGCAGUGAAAGGCUCGAUAGAAGUUCGGGCAGUCCAGGUGGCAGCCCAGGUAGCAGCCCAUUCACUCGACCCCCAGUGCGAUCGAGCGUUACCAGCAAUGUCGUUCCCACAUCCGAUCAGCUCGUCCCUUCCCUCGUCACCUCUAGUGACAGUUCUUCGAAACAGCCAACAGCACCUGGAGCUCGCCCCGCCGUCAGCCGUUCGGCCUCAAGCAAGCGCUUCAGCUCUGCUCCCAUUCCCGAAGCAAAGGUUGUCACUGAAGAGGGAGCGGGCCCGUCCAUCAUGUUCGCCGCCAGCGCAUCUCCUCCUCGGUUCACACAAAAGCUCGACUCUAUUUAUGCUCGGCGUGCAUCUCCAGUGUCGUCGGGCCCAGCUGUCGCUCAGAGUAACGCUACUGCGUCAGGGUUCCCGGGGCCAGCGUCUGUCUCGCUGUCCUUCAACGAUCUUCCCAGUCGCGCCCAGCAUUUGAUCCUGAAUGAACUCAUGCGACAACACAGUGAGCAAACUGCGGUCAUCUUCACAACACUACCGACUCCUAGUCAUGGGACAUCACAAAGUGACGAUGAGAGUGCUUCGUACUUGAGUGAUCUUGAGGUACUGUGGCAAGGCCUACCGCCGUGUUUGUUGGUGCAUAGCAAUAGCAUGACCGUCACGAUGAAUCUGUGA